AUGGAGUUACGCAGAAAAGGGAGGAAUCUUGCAUACCUCAUUUUCCUCACGUUGUGCAUGGCCAACGACUGUUACGGAGCGAAGAGAGCGAAUGUGCGCAGGUCGGGUAAAUAUCGUCUGAGUCCCCCUUUGGACAUUCAACUGGAAACAAUAAACUGCACAGCUUUCAGUGUGCGAUGGAAGAUGCCUCGACGUCAUGUUAGCACCAUCACUGGAUACAAGGUCUUCUACACAGAGAUGAAAAGCAACCGUCCAGUGAGUACAGCCUCAUUACUGGAGGUACCUCUCAGCUUGGACAUGCUGACCACUGGUCAAUUUGAUGGACAAGCAAACUUUGAUGUGGAGAUUGGUAACCUUAAGGUGAACACAAAUUACAAAGUCAGUGUGGGGGCAUAUGGUUGGGCAGGGGAGGGUAGACCCAGUAUGCCCAGAGAUAUCAGCACUGCAUCGCAUGAAAUGUGCAUGCCCCCAUCGCCCCCUACCCAGCCUCUUGUUGUGCCUGUAUCUGACACAGAGCUAGCGUUGUCAUGGAAACAAGGAGAGAGUGAGGGAAGUGCACCUGUCCUUCAUUUCCUCGUGGCAUACAUCAGGCCAGAGAUGGACACGGAGUGGACGUACAUCCGUGAGCCUAUUUUGGCUAACUCCAUGGUACUCAAAGGGUUAAUACCAGAAACUGAGUACCAAUUUGUGGUGAGAGCCGUCAACGUGCAUGGAGUCAGCCCACCAAGCCACAUCAACAACUCUGUGCGCACCCUGGCCAGUGGCACUGGUCUUUAUCUAGGAGACACUUUCCACUACGUGGUACGGCAGCCUGGGUACUUGCUAAAAGGUACAUCAGAUGUUGGUAGUGGAGAUUAUGGGCACCGAUAUGUCACAGAUUCCAGGAUCAAAGAUGAGGAUGGCUUUAGUAUUGAUGACUCUGACUAUGAUAUCUUCAUUGAAGAGUUGAAGCCUUUCCCAGGCAUCAGUGAGGACAACAGGAAAUCCCAGCUCCGCUCCCGCUCUGGAACGCCAUCUGGUCGGAAUGUUGUCUACCGCAUGAACACCAUCACCGCCCCCAAUGCCACUCUUGACCCUGCUUCCUCUGCCCCCUCCUCCUCCUCCUCCAUCUUCCCAGACUUCUUGGAUCUAAUCUUCUCCACGACAUCGGAGCAAAACAGGACCACUGAUGCCACAACUGCUACACCCACUACCCAACCCGCUACCACCAGCACCACUUUGCCUCCAACCACUCCCACCCCCAGUAUGACAGCCUGGAAGGGUGAGGUGCCUCGUAUGUAUGACCUGACCUGUGAUGACACAGUGUGCCCCCCUGACAGCUUCUGCCUCAGUGACUAUGACAGCGGAGGUUCGCGCUGCCACUGUAACCUGGGACGAAGAGGGGACACAUGUUCGGAGGUGGUCUCGGUGAACUUUCCCAGGUUUUAUGGCUACUCACACAUGACCCUUGAACCCCUGAAGAACUCCUACCAGACCUUUCAAAUCACCAUGGAGUUCAAGGCUGAAUCAGAGGAUGGCUUGUUGCUGUACUGUGGAGAGAAUGAACAUGGUCGGGGAGACUUUACCUCAUUGUCCUUAGUACGAGGAAAAGUACACUACAGGUUUAACUGUGGCACAGGAGCAGCUCAGAUAGUUAGCGAGAGUCGUGUCGUCCUCGGUCAGUGGCAUACAGUCACCAUCUUCAGAGAUGGCAUGAGCGGCUGGCUCCGCAUGGACAAUGACAACCCCAUUUCCGGACGUUCACAGGGCCAGUACACCAAGAUCACCUUUCGGUCGCCACUGUAUGUGGGGGGAUCACCUAAUGCGUACUGGCUGGUCAGAGCAACAGGAACCAAUCGUGGCUUCAUGGGGUGCCUUCAGAGUCUGACCAUCAAUAACAAGGCAAUGGACAUCAGACCUUGGCCCCUGGGCAAAGCUCUUAGCGGGGCCGAUGUAGGUGAGUGCAGCGACAGUGUGUGUGACCUGGUCACCUGUGCCAAUGGAGGGGUCUGCUUUGCCAACCGCGCUGACGGCUACAUCUGUCUAUGCCCACUGGGCUUCAGAGGGCUUCUCUGUGAAGAGAGUUUCUCCCUCUCCCUUCCCCUCUUCAAUGAGACUGUGUUUUCUUACGCCAUCGUCCCGUGGCCCCAGUCCUCUCAGAGUUAUCUGUCCUUCAUCGAAUUCGAGCUGACGUUCCGACCGUCCAUGCCUGACGGGACGCUGCUGUACAGCGAGGAUGCAUUCAGCGGAGACUUCCUAGCCAUCAAUCUGGUGGAUGGAUACGUAGAGUUCAGAUUUGACUGUGGUUCUGGAGGGGCUUCAAUGAGGAGUGAUGAGUCAGUCAGUAUGGGUGCAUGGCAUGAGCUGAGAGUGACUCGGACAGCGAAGAGUGGCAUCUUACAGGUGGACAACCAGAGGCCCGUUGAAGGAAUUUCUGAGGGAGCGUUCACUCAGAUUAAAUGCAGUUCACCUCUCUAUAUUGGUGGAGUACCAGCAUAUGAUAAAACCAAGAGUACUGCAGGGGUGAGGCGGCCGUUCACUGGAGCAGUCCAGAAGCUGGCACUCAAUGACCGUACCAUCCUGAUAACAACAGGCUCCGCUGGUGGGGUUAAUGUAGCAAAUGCAGCACACCCAUGUGUGGACGGUCCCUGUGCCAACGGAGGGACCUGCAGGCCAAAGUGGGAUGGAUACGAAUGUGAUUGCCCUCUUGGGUAUGAUGGCAGACACUGUCAGAAAGAAUGUGGGAAUUACUGCCUGAAUACUGUGACCGAGGCCAUCGAAAUACCACAGUUCAUCGGCCGAAGCUACCUGACCUAUGACAACAGAGAUAUCUUGAAAAGGGUGUCUGGGGCCAGGACCAGUCUCUUUAUGCGUUUUAAAAGCACUGCCAAGGAUGGGUUGCUGCUGUGGCGAGGAGACAGCCCAAUGAGACCAAACAGUGACUUCCUCUCUAUGGGGCUUCAGGAUGGGGCACUAAUCUUCAGCUAUAAUCUGGGGAGUGGCAUGGCUAACAUCACAGUCAACGGAUCCUUUAGUGAUGGGCGGUGGCACAGAGUCAAAGCUGUCAGGGAUGGCCAGUCAGGGAAGCUAACAGCGGACGACUAUGGAGCGAAGACAGGCAAGUCACCUGGCAAGAUGAGACAACUCAAUAUCAACGGCCCACUCUAUGUUGGUGGCAUGAAGGAGAUAGCUCUGCACACAAACAGACAGUACAUGGGCGGCUUGGUUGGCUGUGUGUCGCACUUCACACUCUCCACUGACUAUCACCUGGCAUUAGUGGAGGAUGCUGCUGACGGUAAAAACAUCAACACCUGCUCCAACUGAACCUUGUGCCGAGCAGACAACGGUCCAACAUGAGCGGACGUCUUUGCCAACGAAUUUGUCAUCUUGAAGCUGACCUACCAGGACCAGUUAAAAAAAAAAAUAAAAAUACUUAAAUGACCUUGGCAGUGAAGGGUGUACAAAUCGAAUACUGAAAUGUUAUCAGUCAAAUAACUGUUAAGAGACAGUGGAAAUAUAGUGUUUGGAAUGUGCAGAGCCUGAAUCAGUUGUCAAACCAACUCAUACCUUGUCAACAUAUCAAUUGCAAGGACUUUUGUAACACCUUCAACAACUGAAUGAAUUACCCUGGGGAAGAAAAUAUUCAACGAAUGGCUGCAGCUAAAAUGACCAAAGUUCACCAAAAUACAAAAGACAAUUACCAAAAGCACAAGUGCUCUAUGAAAGAAGAAUAUAAAGUUAAUAUUGUACUAAAAGAGGGAAACCCUUUGAGAAACCCUAUGAGGGACAUGCUUUUCCACAGGUUGCUCUGUUUUUACCUUUUUUUCUACUGUCAGUCUGUUUGAUUGCUUGAAGAACAGACUUGCAUCAGGAACGUCCUACAGCAGUUGGUAUAGAUGAACAUUUCAUAGAGGCUGUUGGGCUGAUUUGAGUACCAGAUUUUCUGUUUUUUUUCUAGUUUUGUUUGCUGUACUCUUGUCUCUCUUUUUUUGUUAUUCUUUGUGUUAUAUUUUUGUUUGUCAGUAAUUAGACUUUUAAUCUACUAUGUUGGUUCUUUAAAAGAUGCUAAUUUUGAGGUGUUAAGAUUUCGACUGCAUUGAACUUUUCGUCCUUCCUACACAAAUCAGCACAGAUUCUUCUCAAAGCAUCCACGUAAUGUCUUCAUCUCGAUCCCUCGGAUGCUGCUCACAUGAAAUCCUCAGCAUCGGCUGAUCCAUAGUUUAUGUCGACGCCGUAAUCAGCAAAGUGUUUAAAGCAGGGUUCGUGUGACAACGGUUUACUGUAAUUUGACAGGAUGCACUGUACAGUAUACCUCAGCCUUUGAGUUGGGUUGUGUUGUAGCUUCUUCUCAGACCAACAAACGUAGAACAAUAACCUAUGGGUUGUGUAGUUGCAUGCCUCAAAGCUUAGUGUAGUGACCAGGCCGAGGCUUCCUGCAUCACUUCUCAAAGGGACAUUCUGAGAAUGCUCCACCUUGUUCACAUUUCAUGAAAUCUUUUGCAGUCUCUCUUUUUCUGUUCUUGUGAGAAUGUUUUGUUAAGUACA